AAAGGAUAAAAAGGAAUAAACAGAACUCGCACCGAAGAUACUGUAAGCAACAUUUUGCUUAAAGUCGCACUUUUAUUUGAAAGAGACCGCCGGAUAUUCCAAAACUUAUAUUCUUACUAAACUCCACCAAAAAAAAAUAAUAAGCCAAUAACUUGUAUAUAAUAUAGUUUCUGCAUACAGUUAUAUUGCAUCGUGGAAAGAAAGAAAAUUACAUAUAUAUUCUACGUUACUACGUUCUGUUCAUUCUUUAUUGGCUUCAACUAUGAUAGUUUAACAAGCCCUUUCUCCAAAAAAACUAUGAUAGUUUAAAUGAGAAGUGUGUAUGUGGUUCAGUUCAAUAAAAAACAAAACGAUUAUGAUUGUGAACAUGCUUUGAGGACCCUGGCGAUUUACUCGAAAUGAGCUGUCCGCACUGUUAGGAAGACUGAUUUGACCUCAAUUCGUCAUGGAUUUGAAUGACUAUCGAUGACCUGCAGAGAUUAAUGCCAAAAAUCAUAAUAGCUGGAUAGUAGAGUUGGUACGUUUAGAAAAAAAAAAAAGAGUUGAUACGUUUCUUUUGAAAACUAUAGUAAUUUACGUUCUUGAUUUUCACAGUUUCUCGUUUUUGGUCAACCUUGUAACAUUUCAAUGUGUUAAUAUGAUAGAACUAUGAUAAUAUUCAGUCGUACUGUUUCAGAACAUCAAUAGUAGGAAGUUCUCACAAAGAUUCUCAAAAUCUAUUAAAAAUAUAUAUAUGGAUGAAAUAGUGUUGUGGAUAUUUCAAAAACAUAAGAAACUCAUUUCAAAAAUUUCUUAAAUAAGAGAUUUGAAGUGAGUUUUUGUGGUUUGAAAUACACAUAAUAUAAUAGGUAUAUUAUUGUAUACAUAUGAUGAACCUCCAAUAAAGAUGAACCUAAAACAUUCAUAUGAUGAACCUCCAAUAAAGAUGCUUUUAAUAUGAAUAUAUUUGAAGUUUCAACUGGUAUAAAGAUAUAUAUAUUAAAAUGGGUAUAAUCUUGAUCAUAAAUAGAAAUGUAUGUCAUUGUCGUAAACGAAUACAUAAGUUCAUGUUCUAAUUAAGAUAACUGGGUAAAUCCAUCACAAACAUCUGUACCGAUGAUGAGUCUUUGAAUUGAAAGGAGACAUGAAAACAAUACGUCAAAUAUUUUCAACCAUAAUGGGAAGAUAGUCGGUCACACUCAACAACUGGCCUUUGUUUUUGGGUUGUUUCACUGAAGUGUCCCAAACCAAUGGUGGGGAAUACUUCCUCCUUAUCUCUUUCUCAAUAUAAACGAUGCACCUUCGCUUCCUUUUAAAAAAUACACUUUAAGAACAUCACACAAUCAUCAAUUACUAACAAAAGCUUGUUAUGAAAACACAACAAACAAUGAGGGAGGAGGCAGUGAAGAAUUUGGAAAAGAAAAAGAAGUCUUGUUCACCGAGAGGAGUUGGGAAGUUUCUGAACAAGAAGAAAGGAAAGUUCUACAUCAUUGGGAAAUGUAUUACUAUGCUUCUUUGUGCACACGAGUGAUCCUCUCAUCAUCACACACAUUUGUACGCAUGUAUAUAUAGAGUUAAAGUUUACAUCCGUGCGGGUGUGUUGUAUAUUUAUAUUCUUGUUCUUGCCAACUGUAUACGUGUGCACAAAAAAAUAAAACAAUAUAUAGAACAUGCGACAUUAUGCUGA